AGGGCGGGACCCCAUGCAGGCUAUAUAUAUGGUCGGUGCGAGUUCCUGGUGUUGUGAAUUGAGAUUAUGAAGAUGAGGCCUUUCAUCGCUUUAGCUUUUGCUGUGGGCUUGGCUGGCACCGUCGCUGGCCAGGCAUGUAACCCGCCGUUCACGCUGGUGGGCUCCAAGUGCGUGUAUUUGGAGACUACGGAGGAGAUGUCGUGGCAGGAGGCGAGGGACUACUGCAUGGGGCUUGGAAGUGACACUGGCGUGGGGGAUCUCGCUACCUUCCCGAUCUGCGACGACUACGUGGCUUUCGCAAGGUACCUCGCCCUCAAUGCUCCCAUCAACACGACGAUGUGGAUGGGCGCCCUCACCCUCUUCGCGCCCAACACAUGGCAAUGGGUAACCGGUGAGGACCUGCAGACGGGCGUGCCUUUCUGGUACUACAACGAGGAUUACAGUGAGACGGAGAAGUGCGCCGCUGCGGACGGGAGCUAUUACUACCGGCUGAUCAACGCUCACUGCGACCUCGCCAAAAACUUCGUGUGCGAAAUCUCGCCCAUGUUAGAAGGACAGGAAGCGAAGGUUGUGUCGGAUCCCGAGGCCCUUGUGGACCCUGCCUGUCACGACCAUGGCAUUGUGAUUGGAGACUUCUGCUACGUGUUCUACCAGAAAGAGGAACCCUGGGAAAUAGCGGAGGAGAAGUGCCGAACCAGUCACCACGAGCAGGGGGGGGAACUGUACUACCCCAGCGGGUGCCAUGAAUUCACGCACAUGGCGCAUCACCUGGAGGCCGCAGAGAACACAAACUCAUACUGGGUGGGUGGCGUGGACAUCUCAGGCAACGAGGAGUGGACGUGGGUGAACGGCGAGAACAUCCCGGGCGGGCCUCCGUACUGGGCCACGGGGGAGCCCAGCCACAGCCACGACAACGAGCCCCGCGAACACUGCACCGUCAUGACCGCCGAAAAGCGAUACUACUUGCAGGACGUCCACUGCGCCGACGCCCACCCCUACAUCUGCAAGCUGGGGUUCUUUUAAAUACUUGAUGUAGGGACCAGUGUCUCAAACUCACACCUGUUUGAAAAAGAGACAUUGUAACUGUUUUCAUUUGUAUCAUGUUCGAAGCACAUUCUUGCAUCAGAUUCGGAAAUUUGAAACAAUUUAUAAUAAACAAUAACGAGC